GCUAGGGAGUCCUGAAUGAAUAGAUGAUGAUUGUCUAAUAUUGUUUGGCCUUUUGGAUCUGAGGUGCAUUGUUAUAUUAGUUUCGAAAUUGAUCUGCAUUUCAUGCAUUCUGCGUGUUAUUCUACAAAUGUUAGGGUUCAAACAAAUUAUCCCUGAUAGUUAUGCAUGUGGAAUAUAUUUUGACAUUGAUGAGUGAUUUAUUUUUGUUUUUUUUUUCCUUGAGGUGUGGAGAAAUUUGAAGGAAUACUAGGGCAGAAUGGCUUUAGGAAAAUACUCAAGACUUGAUGGCAGGAAAUCUCCGACAAGUUAUUGUUCAACUGCGACUUUUGUUGUGUUUAUUGGACUGUGUUUGGUUGGAGUUUGGAUGAUGACAUCCUCGUCGAUUGUUCCUGUUGAGAAUAUGGAGGAGACGGCUCAAGAGCUCAAGACCGAGAUAAAGGAAUCCAGGGAGAGCGAGGAGGCAAGCGUUGAGACUGAUAAAAAGAGUGAGAGCGACUCUAAUAUCAUUGCUGAGAUUGAAAAAAAGAGUGAGAGCGACACAAGUAGUGAGAGCAACACAAGUGGUGAGAUGGAAAAAAACAGUGAGGCCGACACAAGUAGUGAGAAGAACACAAGCACGGAGAGCAGCACAGGUAGUGAGAGCAUUACAAGUGGUGAAGAGAAUACAAGCAGUGAGGGCAAUAGAAGCGAUGAGAGCAAUACAAGUAAUGAGGGCAAUAAAGACAGCAAGAGCGAUGCAAGUAGUGAGAACAAUACUAAUGAGAGCAAGACAAGUGGAGAGAGUGACAAAAACAGUGAAAAUAUCAGUACUAGUGAGAACAAUGCAAACAGUGAAAACAAUUCAAACAAUGAAAGCAAAAUGAGUAGCAGUAAUUUAAUCAGUGAAAGCAACACGAGUACUGAUACCAGCUCAAACAGCGAGAGCAACACAAGUAGUGAGAGCAAGCCUUAUACUGAAACCAACGCGAGCAGUGAGAGCAACACGGCUAGUGAGAACAGUGAAAGCAACACGGGUAAUGAUAACAACUCAAACAGCGAGAGCAAGGCAGAUACUGAGGCCAACACAAGCAGUGAGAGCAACACUGAUAGUGAGAACAAUGCAAGCAGUGAGAAAAAUUCAGACAGUGAGAGCAACACGAGUAAUGAUAACAACUCAAGUAGUGAGAGCAGCACAAAGGAUGAUAGCAAUUCGGACAGUGGGAGCACUGAAAGCAACACGAAUAGCGAAAGCAACACGGACAUUGAGAGUGGCAGUGGGAGUAGUGCAGGUGAUGAGAGCAGCACAAGUAAUAAAAGUCAGCCUAGGCAGUUUGAUGACAAUCCUGGUAAUCUACCAGAGGAUGCAACCAAAGGGGACAAUGUAACUGUAACCAGUAGUGAAAGAAAUUCUACUCAACCUGAGACGACAUAUGAGCAGCACGCAGAAGGCAGCCAGGAACAGAAGCCAGAAAACCAGAGCGGAAAAGAAGACACUAAUGCAUCAAAAUCUGAGACAGGAAAUGUAGAAGAUCGAAAAGAAGAUAAGGUAUCUGAUACAGAGGAUAAAGAAUCUAAAGAUGGUGGGAAAAAUUCAGGAAUUAAUGAAAAAAAUUGGGUGUAUGGGAAAAGCAUUUCUGGUGGAAAAGGGGAAGAGGAAGCGAAAGUAACUACAUCAAAAUCAGAUGAAGGAGAUGACAAAUCAGAAAUGUCUAAUGAAUCAGGAUACAAAGAUAAAAUGGAUAGUAAUUCUACAGAGAUUCAUGAAAAGGAGGAGUUGUUACUUUCUGGAGCUCAUUCAGAGCUUUUGAACCAGACUGUGACUGAGGAGGGGGCUUGGAAAACACAGGUAGCAGAGUCAAAGAAGGAAACACAUAAGUCUUUAGAGCCUUCUGAAAAACCCGGCACUGGUUGGAAACUCUGCAAUGCCACAGCUGGGCCAGAUUACAUUCCAUGCCUCGAUAAUAUGCAAGCAAUAAAGAGCCUUCCAAGCACCAAACAUUAUGAACAUAGGGAGAGACACUGUCCAGACGACUUACCAACGUGCCUCGUUCCACUUCCUGAAGGAUACCAGCGUUCAGUUGAGUGGCCUACAAGCAGGGAUAAGAUAUGGUACCAUAAUGUACCCCAUACAAAGCUCGCGGAUAUUAAGGGACACCAAAAUUGGGUUAAAUUUAGUGGUGAUUACCUUACCUUUCCUGGCGGAGGAACCCAAUUUAAGCAUGGGGCUCUACAUUACAUUGACAUCAUACAGCAGAUUGCCCCUGCUAUUGACUGGGGAAAACGAUCACGUGUGGUAUUGGAUGUUGGAUGCGGGGUUGCUAGCUUUGGAGGUUUUCUUUUUGAUAGAGAUGCGUUGACCAUGUCAUUUGCCCCAAAAGACGAACAUGAAGCUCAGGUGCAAUUUGCUCUUGAAAGGGGGAUUCCUGCUUUUUUAGCUGUAAUGGGCACAAAGAGACUUCCAUUCCCAGGAAAAGUCUUUGACGUUGUUCACUGUGCGCGAUGCAGGGUUCCUUGGCAUAUCGAAGGUGGCAAGCUUCUCUUGGAGCUGAAUCGUUUACUCCGCCCUGGUGGUUAUUUUGUGUGGUCUGCUACACCAAUUUACCGGGUAAGGCCUGAAGAUGUUCAAAUAUGGGAAGCAAUGAAGAAACUAGCAAAAGAAAUCUGCUGGGAACUUAUUACAAUUGGUAAAGAUACUCUCAAUGAAGUAGGUCUUGCUGUAUUUAAGAAACCCAGUUCUAAUAAGUGCUACGAAUCAAGAGCACUUAAAAAGCCACCCCUGUGCAGCGACACUGAUGAUCCAAAUGCAUCCUGGAAUGUGCCAUUGCAAGUGUGCAUGCACAAAAUACCAGAAAAUGAAACAGAACGUGGUUCAAGAUGGCCAGAACAGUGGCCUGCAAGAUUGGAGAAACCACCCUACUGGUUGUUAAGUUCACAGGUUGGAGUUUAUGGAAAGCCUGCACCUGAUGAUUUUGUGGCAGACUAUGAACACUGGAAACGCGUUGUGAGCAAGUCAUACGUGAGUGGGUUGGGGAUUAACUGGUCUACAGUGAGGAAUGUCAUGGACAUGAGAGCAGUCUAUGGAGGAUUUGCUGCUGCUCUAAGAGAAUUAAAUGUGUGGGUCAUGAAUGUAGUGAACGUUGAUGCUCCUGAUACACUACCUAUAAUAUAUGAACGCGGACUAUUUGGAAUGUAUCAUGACUGGUGUGAAUCAUUUAGCACAUACCCUCGAACAUACGAUCUCAUCCAUGCAGAUCAUCUCUUCUCCAAGAUUAAAAAGAAAUGCAAUUUUGAGGCAUUUGUUGUAGAAGUUGAUCGUAUUUUAAGACCAGAAGGAAAGCUUAUUGUGCGCGACAACGUCCAGACCAUUAAGGAACUAGAGACAAUGUUUAAAUCUAUGCAAUGGGAAGUCUACAUGUCCUAUGCAAAGGACCAAGAAGGGUUGCUGUGUUUGCAGAAGUCAAUCUGGCGUCCUCACGAUGCAAUAACACUCUCAUACGCCAUCGCUUAAAGGAGACUGUGUUCGCAAGCAGUAUUCAAGCCAGCAUUUUUGUUUUCGUAGCACUAGUAUCUGAAUUACCAGUAAGGUGAUGACCAUUCUAGAUUUUGGAAGGCUGAAGGAAUUGUGUUUAUUCUGAAGCUGGUUUUAGCUUGAGAUUGCUAGUAUCUAUGUAUAUAUCCCUGGUAUAUGGUAAUCAAAUGCAUUU